GUCUUUUAAGAUUCUAGUUGAUUCUCUUUGGGACCAAAUGGAUAUUUCUCAUCCCUCCUCUCCUUGCCAUGGACAAGAUGAACAAGAGAAUUAUGAAAUACCCAAGAAUUUUGGUUUAGAGGAUUAUGGUGCAAAACAAGUUGAAGAAAAAUCAUAUUGGGACAUAGAAGGAGAUAAGCUAUUUGAGGAGAUGGCUUUUGCAAUAGCAACCGAAGAUAUUGGGUCUACAUCUUCAAAUAUUGUUAAUAAUGAUAAUACUCUAGUAGAGAAAGAGGUGGUUGUUUCUACACUACGAAAUUGCGGGGAUGGAAAGCAUUUGCUUGUUCUCGACGAACAAAUUGGAAUCAAAUGCAAACGAUGCUCGUAUGUUGCAUUGGAGAUCAGAUACAUAUCACCAACAUUUGCUACUAAUCCAUGGAAAAGAGCUAAAUAUAAAGAGUUUCGAGAAAAGAGAUAUAACACUGAUAUAAACCGCCCAUUUCAAAUGAAUUUUGAUAGUGAUAAAUCUCAACUCAAUGAGGAUAUUAUUGACACAAUAGGCACGGUUUGGGGAUUAAUUCCGGGUAUGAGAAAAACCAUGUAUGCGCAUCAAAGAGACGGGUUUGAGUUUAUAUGGAACAACAUAGAAGGAAGCAUACUUCUAGAGGAUUUGAAGAAUUAUGAGAGUUCAAAUGGUGGGCAAGGAUGCAUAAUCUCGCAUGCACCUGGAACUGGUAAAACUCGACUCACAAUCAUGUUCAUAAAGUCUUAUUUGGAGUUAUAUCCGACAAGAAAAGUUGUCAUAAUUGCUCCUUGCAAUAUGCUUCUUACAUGGGAAGAAGAGUUCAAGAAAUGGAAAGUUAACAUUCCAUUCCAUAACAUGAAUAGGAAGGAUUUUUCAGGUCAAGAAGUUAAUGCAGCUGUUAAUUUAGUCAAUCAAUUCCGUGAUCAAGACAAACAUUCCAACCGUUUGGUUAAGCUCUUUUCAUGGAAAAAAGACAAGAGUGUUCUUGGAAUAAGUUAUGGAUUAUUUGAAAAGUUAGCAGGGGAUAAUGGAAUCAAGAAGAGUUGUCCAAACCAAAUCGAUUGCUUCCAAGUUACAAAGAUGCUUCAAGAACUUCCUGAUCUUUUGGUUCUCGACGAAGGCCAUACACCAAGAAAUGAGAACAGCCUUAUCUGGAAAGCACUUUCAAGAAUCCAAACUCAAAAGCGUAUAAUCCUAUCUGGAACUCCUUUUCAGAACAACUUUCGCGAGCUAUACAAUACCCUUUAUUUGGUAAGACCGAAGUUUGCUGAUAAUGUUAAAAAAGCACAGGGAUUAUCAAGAAAACAGAGACGAAAUUCGAAAGAGAACGUAGCAUUAAACAAAUGGGUAUCAUUGACAAAAGGCAUAGCUGAAAAUGAUGAUGAUAGGAUCAAAGAGUUAAAGGAUAUAAUUUAUCGAAUGGCACAUGUUUACAAAGGUGACAUUCUUAAGGAAAGCCUUCCAGGUUUGAGAGAUUCUUUGGUUGUGUUAAAGCCAACCGAGUUACAAAACUCAAUUCUUAAUGUCAUCUUGAAGAUGAAGAAUGGGCUUGAACGCGAACAUUGUGUUUCUUUAACGUCGGUUCACCCUUCAUUGUUGAUUCACUCUCAAUUAUCUGAAAGAGAAGAGUUUUCAGUUUACAUGUCUCAGUUAGAUGCUUUUAAGAAAAAUCCAGAAGCAGGGGUGAAGACAAUGUUCUUAAUUGAACUAAUCCGGCUUAGUGAAAGCCUAAAUGAGAAAGUCCUUAUCUUUAGUCAAUACAUUCAUCCUCUAACACUUAUCAUGGAUCAACUCAAAUCCUACUUUGGUUGGUCUGAAGGUAAGGAAAUAUUGUAUAUGGAUGGAUCAAAAGACACAAAGCUUCGUCAAAUUUCGAUAACUUCAUUCAACAAUCCAGAUAGCGCGGUUAAAGUGAUGUUAGCCUCAACAAAGGCUUGUUCCGAGGGUAUAAGUUUGGUUGGGGCUUCGAGAGUUGUAUUGUUGGACGUGGUUUGGAAUCCCUCGGUUGAAAAACAGGCCAUAAGCAGGGCUUAUAGAAUUGGGCAGAAAAAACUUGUCUACACUUAUCAUCUUGUUGCUGGUGAAGCUGAGAGUACUAAGUAUGGUAGACAAACUCAUAAGGACAGUUUAUCUAAAUUAGUGUUUUCUUCUACAAAUGAUAAUAGUUCUGAGAAUAGUUUGAUGGGUAAUGUUGAGAAAGACAAGAUUUUGCAAGAAAUGGUUCAUCAUGAGAAAACUUGUCACAUGUUUGAGAAAGUUGUUCACCAAGAGGAAUCUAGUUUGAUGGGGAAAUUUGACGAAAUAACCCUGAUAUUGCUUCAUUAUUGCAUUUUGCGUCCGGUGCAGGAUGCUGCAGUUUGGCGUAAAUUUAGCUUGAUGGAAUCGGGAACUACAGUCGUCGGAGGGAUAGUAGACGGGGAAGCAAAAGCAGAAGCAGAAGCAGAAGAAGACGAGAAAGAAGAGAGUAGAAGAGAGAAAGACUCAUUGCCACGGUUGCUGCUUUUAGAAUAA